GAUGUCAACAUUGUACAUCAUCAAUAUUGUACUUCUUUUCACAUUAUGUUCAACGUUCCUUACUCUUUCAUUCCCUCAAUCUUGCUCCCUCCAUCUUCUCCGAUCUCACUCCCUCUAUCUCUUUCUCUCUCUCUCUGCCAUUUUGGCUUUUUUCAACUCAAUCAGCUCUACCCUAGAAUUUUUUUCAAACUUAGAUCAGAGAUUGGAGAUCGAAGAUUGGAGAGGACGAAUUCCGUUUCACUCAUUCGCUGCUGGAUAAAACAAUUGCUUCGCUCAAAUCAGGAAACAAGUGAUGCGAAUAUUGCUGAACGCAAGCUGCAAGAGAAUGUUAGAAAGUUGCAGGAUAUAAACCAGAAAACUACAGACAUGCAAGAUACAGCUAAGUCCUUCUCAUCUUUGGCCAAACAAAUGCUACAAACUGAACAAGGCAGACGAAGCUCGUAGUCCCCAUUUGAGUCCAACUCAUCAUGAGUCGAAAUACAACCAUUACACUAUAUCUGAAGUUAUGUAUUUGGAGUUGAGCCACUGUCAACUGCCAAGGACUCAAAUUCGAUAAGACUUUUUCAAGACAUGAGAAAUGAGUUGAAUUUCCUACUCUGAGUAAGUAAAUUAUAUCUUAUCAAACCAACAAUUAUUGCAUGAGAAAUGAGUUGAAUUUCCUACUCUGAGUAAGUAAAUAGUAUUGUUUUUUCUCUCUAUAAAAAUAUAUACAUAAACUUACUUUAACAAGCACCUUAUUUUUUCAUGAAUGAUAUUAUGUGUUUCCUUCUAGAAAUUUUAUGGUUUACAUUGUUAAUUUCCCAUGGGAAGAGUUAUAAUAGUGAAAGAAUUAUUUUGGUCAUUUCAGA